AGGGUUUAGUCAAAGAUUAAUGACGAACGUAAUGGGCCUUGUUAGAAGCCCAGUUUGAGUACUUCCCGUUCUUCCCUCUCUUGCUUAAGCUCCAGCACCAGCCGUCGUUGUCGAUCUGAUGCUGAAAUAAAGAAGGCAACCUGAUACGAUCUUAUGCGUAUCUCUCUGAUAUGCAUAAGACGCUGGGCGCAGUACGCCUCGCAUACCGCUCGCGCAUCGCUUACCUCGUGAAGUCAGGUACGAUCGACAACGCAGCUCAGGUGUUCGACGAAAUGCGUCACUCAAGCUACCGAGUUUUCUCUUGCGACUACAACCGUUUCAUCGGGGUCUUGGUCAAGGACUCGAGAUUCGAGCUUGCGGAGGCAUUGUAUAAGGAUAUGACGCCGAUGGGCUUCUCCUUAAUCCCCUUCACCUACUCGAGGUUUAUCUCGGGUUUAUGUAAAGUUAAAAACUUUGACCUCAUUGACGCUCUUUUGAGGGACAUGGAAGCUCUCGGAUACAUACCUGACGUAUGGGCGUUCAACAUUUACUUAGAUCUGUUGUGUAGAGAGUUAAAAGUAGGUUUUGCUGUUCAGACAUUCUUUUGUAUGGUUAGGAGAGGUAGGGAGCCAGAUGUUGUAUCUUAUACUAUACUUAUUAACGGGUUGUUUAGAGCUGGUAAGGUCACUGACGCGGUUGAGAUUUGGAAUGUAAUGAUUCGUAGUGGGGUUGGUCCGGAUAAUAAAGCUUGUGCGGCUCUUGUUGUUGGGUUGUGUCACGCUCGGAGAGUUGACUUGGCUUAUGAGAUGGUGGCGGAUGAGAUCAAGAGCGGAAGAGUUAAGCUUGGUACUGUGGUUUACAAUGCGUUGAUUAGCGGGUUUUGUAGAGCGGGGAGGAUAGAAAAGGCGGAGGCUUUGAAGUCGUUUAUGAGUAAGAGUGGGUGUGAGCCGGAUCUUGUUACGUACAAUGUGUUGUUGAAUUUUUAUUAUGAUAACAAUAUGGUGAAGAAAGCGGAAGGGGUGAUGGGGGAGAUGGUGAGGAGUGGGAUACAGCCUGAUGUUUAUAGUUAUAACCAGUUGCUUAAGCGGCGGUGCAGGGUUGGUCAUCCGGAUAAAGGAUAUUCCUUCAUGGUUAAAGAGAUGGAGCCUAGAGGUUUAUGUGAUGUUGUCUCCUACAGCACUCUGAUUGAGACAUUCUGCAGGGCGUCAAAUACUAAGAAGGCUUACAAGCUCUUCGAGGAAAUGAGACAGAAGGGGAUAGCGACAAAUGUGGUGACGUACACGAGUCUUAUCAAGGCUUUUCUCAGGGAAGGUAACUCUAGUGUUGCAAAGAAGCUUCUUGAUCAGAUGACGGGGUUAGGUCUGUCGCCAGAUAGAAUAUUUUACACAACGAUUCUGGACCAUUUGUGUAAAUCCGGGAAUCUCGACAAGGCUUAUGGAGUUUUCAGUGACAUGAUUGAGCAUGGGAUUGCACCGGAUGCGGUUUCAUACAACGCACUUAUAAGUGGUCUCUGCAGGUCUUGUAGAGUAACUGAAGCGUUGAAAUUGUUUAAGGACAUGCAGAGUAAGGAAUGUUGUCCUGAUGAAUUGACUUUUAAGUUCAUUAUUGGAGGACUCGUUCGAGAAAAUAAACUAUCGGCAGCCUACGAGAUUUGGGAUCAGAUGAUGGAGAAAGGUUUCACCCUUGAUAGAGAUGUGUCUGAUACACUCAUUAAGGCUAGCUGUUCAGUGAGUGCUGAUGCGUAGGCAUACUAUGGUUCUACACCUUUAAUGUCUUCUCCUUUGCAAAAAUGCCAUCUUAGUCAAAGUAUGGUGGCAUGGAGAUGCUGAUACAGAGCCAUUUAGCCUCUGCUGAUGCAUGCUGCUGCUUGGAGAGAAACAAGAAACUUUAAUCAGCUGACUUGACAUUGAUACUCCUGAAGGAUCAUCAUUUAUGGUUAGACUAUUGAAGGCAUCCGCUCAGUUUAAUCCCGUUCCUCAGAAAUAUUACAUUGAGGACGGAUCGUAUUGGACUGAGAGAAGGAGUUUUCUUUUUAUGUAUCGGCACAUCAAGCUUGAUGUUUUGGAAACUGCAUUUUAAAGUCUGAAAUCCAGAAGGUUAGC